GUCGGGGCGGUGUGUCAACAAAAUGGCUCCCAAAUGUGUAACUUUAGGAUUUUUCCUCUUUAUUACAACAGUUUUUGUUGUUAUUCCUAAUGAAAGUGAUGGUGCAACCUGCUGUACAAAACUUGGUAUUCCCAGUAAAUGUCACUUCCUUUGCGGUGAUGGCAGUGAAGGAUUUUGGAGUCUCACUAGAUGGCGGUGUACUGUCGAUUACUAUCCAAGUAUUGUCAAGUGCAAAUUUACAGAUGGACUAGAUUAUGUGAAGAUGUUUGGUCAGAAUUUAAACAAAAAAAUUGUGGAGGGUUUCAAGAAGCUAUCACUUGACUUACAAAAGAAAUUACAAAGUGCAAAAGACUUUGCAACAGCAAAAGUAGAAGAUCUGAAAAAAGUUCCACAAGACAUACUCUGUGCUUUGAAGGAUUCCAUAUCUGGGAUGACAUCAGAUCAGUUCAAGGGUUUAGUGAAAAGAUUUACAACAUUUACAGCACACAACCUGAGAAAUCUUGCUGAAAGCAUCAAGACAAAGACAUUCUUUGAUAACAUUGAUGACAUUAUUGCAGAGGACUGGGACCCAGAGCAACUUGCAGCUCUCACUAAGACAGCAUUCAAGAAGUUUGGCAGCAAUGUUAAGUUGUGGGGAAAGGAGGCUUAUGCAGCAUUAAAGCAGUUAUUUGUUGGCUUGGAGUCUGGUGAACUGAUGCAAAUGGCUGCAGACAGUUUCAAGGAAUUAACAAACUACCUCUGCUCAGCCAAAAUGAACGACGAUCAAAGAAAAGCUCUUCUUGUCCCUGCCAAGAAGGCAUAUGGCGAUGACCUGUCCAAGUGGGAUGAUGUUGUGGUCGGAAAACUUUGUAKCUUGAUUAAAGCGCUGCCUGUUGAAGAUCUAUUGAAACUUAGCGGUGAAGUGAUCUCAAAAGUCAUCAACGUGAUAUCUCAAGCAGCAGAUUUCGCCUAUCCCCAUGCACGAGCCCUGUUAGACAAGGUAAAAUCAUCCAAACUAGGACAAGAUAUAUCUAAAUGGACAGCAGACGACAUCAAGAAACUAGGGACGCUUGUCAAGGACCUGGAUGUCGAAGAUUUAAGGGCUUUGUUGGUGAAACAGUUUAAGGAAAUUCAAACUACUCUAGGUGACGUUGAGUGGUCACCAGGUCGUGCCCGUGAAUUAGCCAAAAAAGCCAUUGAAUCACUUGGUGAGCCUGCAAAAUGGACAGCGGAAAAUCUGAAAGAAUUAAAAAACAUUGCUGGGGGUCUGCUACCCUCUGAACUCAAACAACUGGUCGAUAAAGCGGUAAAGGAUGAUUUAAAAGGGUUUAAAAAUGCAAAACUCGAAAUUGACCAAGCCCAAGAAAUUGUCAAUAAAGUCAAAAACGAACUUCAGGGUAAACUUGAGAACCUUGAUGAAGACGACCUGAUAGCCCUGACACACGCUUUGGAUGGGUUCCUUGCAUCAGAUGUCGGUAAAAUUACCCAGCUUGUUUUGUAUGCUGCUUUCCCUGAACUUAAAAUAGCCAAAGAAGUUGCGAUUCCAAUUAUUAGAGAACUUAUCAAAAUGCACAAGAAAGACGCGUCUGGUAAGAAUGAUUUUACUCGUCUUGGUGAAGUUGCUGUUGGUUUGAGUAGAGCAGAACUUGACGAUGAAGACAUCGAAACAAUCGUGAAGAACUUGGACAGAGUUGGUGGUAUUCCGUGGGACAAGACACAGGUGAUUGAGAUUGCCAAGAAAGUUCGUGACAAGUGGGGCAGCAUCAACGAUACCGACAACUCUGACUCAGACUACCCUGACUGGGGAUUUAUAAACCUCAAAAAACUUGGCCGCGUAGCACUUGGACUAGCUAAAGAAGAAUUGAGAGAUCUACCAAUCAGAGGCAUCGAAGACAGUUUGGACGUGUUAGGCCGACAAAAGGAGUGGGAUCGAGGACAGGUUGCAAUGGUGCUGGUUCGACUGCGCGAGUACUGGGAAAUGGAAAAUCUCGACUUCUCUAAUUUCACCGAGCUGGACAUUAAUUCACUCGGCGCAUUUGUGCAAGGAAUAACACAAGACGAACUGAAACGUCUUCCUAACAGGGUUCUACUUAUUGCCAUACGAAGACUGGGCGAAGAGACUGGGAUCCCUGAGGACAAGCUAAGGACUCGCGCUUUUACUGCCGUAGAAUACUUUAAGAACCAAUCAGGAAUCGAUAUUCUUAACUCCACUCACAUCCAAGACAUGGGAAAUCUUGUGGCGGGACUAAGCACUAGUGCAAUGAGAAAAAUAUCCCGUGAUGCCUUUGUUCAAAACCUCUACACGAUGGCGAGGGCAAAGGGGCUUACACCAGAUAAACUGAAACAGCUGGCGAGCCUUGCCAAGGAACAUUUUGAUGGAAGCGAUGUUGGCAAGUGGACAAGUAAACAGUGGCGCGAUCUCGGUCCGGCUAUCAAAGGUCUGAGCCCAGCUGACCUGCGCAGAAUGAGUCGUGGUGCUUUGAAAGAAAUUGUUGAUGAAAUCAAUGAUAUCGAGUUUAGCAAGGAACAGGCCGAGGCAAUCUUAGACGCUGCCAAAGAGGCCUAUAAAGAAAGCGACAUCGGUAAGUGGACUGGAGACCAGUUACGUCAGCUUGGUUCUUUAGCUAAUGGCUUGGGUACUGGUGAAAUCAUGAAACUUGGUAAAGAAGCAUUUGAAGAUACGGUGGGGGUGUGGGGCAAGAAACUUAAUAUCGACAUAAACCAAUUGAAGGCAAUGGCUGAUAAAGCUAAAGAGUUUCUGGUCAAUAAUGACGUCACCAAGUUCACUGCCGCACAUCUCAAGAGACUGGGCCGUGUAGUUCUUGGUUUUGAACCAGCAGAUCUUGAAAAACUAAAGAUUGACAACAUUGACGUCAUCGCAGCCCUUGGGAAAUACAAGGGGUGGACCGAACAACAGUUAAAAGUACUAAAGCCUAAGAUUAAAGAGUUCGUGUCUAAGAAUAGCGCUAAAAUCGACUAUAUUUACAUGAGUCUCGGCCAUCUUGGAACGACGUUGAGUAAAGUCGACAUCGCCCAAAUACCAACAAAUUCACUCAAAUUGGCUGUAAAACAACUCGGUCAGUUAGAUGAUUGGACGGAUGAACAGCAAAAAGCACUGAUUGAACAGAUUAAAAAGGCCUGGGCCAAAGGCGCGAAGGACUGGGACAAAGCGCAAAUUCAUGAACUUGGAUUUUUGCAGAAGGGUUUGUCUACCAGCGAUAUUCCUAAACUUAAUCCUAAAGUAAUCGAUGCUAUCAAACCUGAAGUGAUUAAAGAAAUGACCGUCAAACAAUUACAGUCUUUCACCGCUGACCAGUACCGUUCGAUGGAGACACCCCAAGUAGCUGCCAUCAGCAUGUCAAAACAGAGCAUGCUGACCGCUGAACAAAGAGACGCCAUCAAAACCGUGACAGAUAGCGACCCAAUUGAGCAAGACCCAUGGGAUAAGGAUGUCAAGUCUACUGGAUUCCAUGUGACUACAAGCGUGCUAAGCAUUCUGGGCUCGCUCCUUGUUGCAUUGUACAUUAAUCACUAGACACCAUUUUAUACCGGAAAUGACAUCAUAUCACUCCUUGUUGUAUUGUACAUCAAAUACUAGGUACCAUUUUGCACCGUAAAUGACAUUCUAUGAUUAGAUUAACGAUACAACAACAAAUGCAAUGAUAAUUUUAAGCCAGUAUAGAGAUCACCAUUUCACAUUCCACCGCGAAGAAAAUUUUUGUAUGAACAGUAUUUAUUAAUUAUAGAGAAAUUGCAUAUCAAACUAUAAUGACAAACAUGACAAACGCUAUCAAUGAAGUCUUCAUACGGA